AUGAAACUAUUUUUCGAGACCGAGUCAAAAUAUCAAACGGAGUCAAUAUCUCUUACUUUUAUAAAUAUCGAACCAAUGUAUAUUGUUCUAAGUAAACUCGUUAUCCAUUUGAAUGAAGGAAUGCAGAGGAUAAUUUCUAGAUUCUUUUCAAGUAGAAGUGCAUUAGCUUUAGCUAAGACUCCACUUUAUGAGGCACAUAUAGCACUCGGCGGUAAGAUGGUACCGUAUGCUGGUUUCGAUAUGCCAGUCUUAUAUGAUGGCCAAUCUCAUAUUGAAUCUCACAAUUGGGUAAGAAACAAAGUCGGAUUGUUCGACGUCAGCCAUAUGCUUCAACAUAAAUUCACAGGUAAGGAUUCUGUAGAUCUAUUGGAGAAAAUCACUCCGAUUGAUUUGAGAAGUAUCCCAAUAAAUGGCUCAAGCUUAACCGUAUUACUUAACGAAAAUGGAGGUGUGAUUGAUGACUGUAUUGUCACUAAGCAUGGAGAAAAUGAUUAUUAUAUGGUUACCAAUGCGGGCUGUCGAGAAAAGGAUGUUGAUUUCAUUAAAAAGAAUGCCAAGGAGUUCAACGAUGCUAAUCAUAAAACGUUUGAAAGCACCUUGUUGGCAGUUCAGGGUCCCAAAGCUGCCGAAUUGAUGCAAAAAUUCACUAAUGAGAAGCUCUCCCAAAUAACAUUUGGCCAAACAAGAUAUUUGAAGCUUUCACCAAUCGCUGCCCAAGUUCAUUUAGCGAGAGCUGGAUAUACAGGAGAAGAUGGCUUCGAGCUUUCUAUACCGUCAGCCACUGAAAGCGAGGCUAAGGACUCCUUGAAUUUUUUCAAGUCUUUAAUUCAUGAUUUUCCAGAUUUGGUCAAGCCAAUCGGCUUGGCUGCAAGAGACUCUUUGAGGUUAGAGGCUGGUAUGUGCUUGUAUGGGCAUGAGUUGACGGAGGAUAUCAGUCCAGUAGAAGCAUCAUUAACAUGGUUGAUUCCAAAAACACGAAGGGAUACAAGGAAUAAUUUCAACGGUGCUUCAAAGAUAGUAUCUCAAAUUAAAGAUAAGAAGUCUUUCGCUCGUCGUAGAGUGGGGGUGAUUUCGAAGGGGCCAUCACCAAGAGAUGGAAAUCUACUAUUUAGUCCAGAAGGUGAACAAAUUGGCUAUAUUACAUCUGGCUCGCCAUCUCCAACUUUAGGCGGGAAUGUUGCCCAGGCUUAUAUCGAUAAAAGAUUCAAGAUUGGAAGCCCCAUCAAGAUUCAAAUAAGAGGAAAACUAAGAGAUGGUACCAUAGCAAAAAUGCCAUUUGUUCCGACUCAUUUCUAUAGAGGGUAG